AUGUCAUACCCUAAUUUUUCUGAGCCCUGUGAAGGAUCCCCAGAUAUCCCACCUGUGAUUUCGGCCUCGGACGGGAGUCCCAUGUACGACGAUGGCUGGUGUAGGCUUGUGCAAUCUAUCAUCGCAGCCAAUGAUGUGUCAAACUUACAUCGCUACACCGAAGUCUAUGGUAAGAGUUUCUUCGGGCCUGGAGCUGAGGUGCACGAGUGGAACCAUGAUGAAUGGGACCCUUUCCACCUGGCUGCAGAAAAUGGCAGCGUAGAUGCGCUUCAUGUACUUGCGGAGAUUUACCAGUUCGACCCCAGUCAAACGGAGCCACUUGAGGCUCGACUUAGACGCAAGAACAUUGAACUACUGAACAUUGCGUGUCUCUAUGUCCGGUUCGAGACGAGACGGCGGAAUAUCUCCUAA